UCCUUCCCUGCGCCGUGCUGAGCUGGAAAAUGGCUGUGUGCGAGAGCAGGGAGUUAUGAACGGGAAAAGAAAGAAAGAGCGAGAGAAAGACGGCGAAGUGAAGAAGUGAACCAAAGGUUUGCCACAAGUUUAACGCGCACCGAGGAGCCACCGAGCGCAGCUAAAGCUCCACACGGACUCUUGGUCGGCCGCUUUGACGCGUUGAAAAAGCUCCGGAGCCAAAAGUGAGAAGAGUCAAGAAAUAUCCGCGGGUCGGUCACAAUUCCUGCCCAGAACGUGUCGCAGAUCUGAGAGAACCGGACAGGAUUAAAGACCUUCCCACUCUGCCAUUCGUCCUCCAAUCAGACCACCUGAUUUGACCGUGGAGAGCCAACGACGCAGGGCCCUCGACUGGAAAAAUCUUUAACCAGGCUGCUUCAGUAGCACCCAGACAGCAGGUUUUUGCUGCUUGAAAGAGCAUGUUGCCAACGCUCUCCCUCUGCUCCAUCAUCUGGCUCAACCGGGGUAUCAAGCUGAGGAAAGUGCACCAGUCCACCAACACCGGUCAGGUCUGAAACCGCUGCCACUGCAGACACAACAGCAGCAAAGUGCUACCUUAGCAACUUUUAAAAAUGCUUCUAAGCUUCGGGUGAUUCCCCUCCUCCCCUCACCCCCUGACCCUUUAAGCCACUGUACUAACACCAGACUUUAGUGACUCAACACUCAUUUUUGGUUUCCGAGGAGGAUUUCUGCAUAGCUCAACCCUGUCGUUGCAGUGGGACUCAGGCUGCACCAUCUAAUCCUCUGUUUAGUGGCCAUUUUAAUUUUUGACUCCAUUGCAAAAUGGCGGCGGAAGGUUUCCAGUACCGUGCCCUCUAUACAUUUACCAAGGACCAGGAAGAGGACUUGGAUCUGCAGCCGGGAGACAUCCUGACAGUCAGCAAGGCCUCUCUAACGUCCAUGGAGAACUACCAGGAGGGCUGUGUGGAGCAGCCCGAGCACCUGGGAUGGCUGCUCGGGUACAACGAGCGCACCAAGCAAAGAGGCGACUUCCCCGGGACAUAUGUCGAAUACGUGGGACCCAUCAGGAUGGCACUUCCAUCGAGUCAACCUAGAUCCCAGCGACCUCUCCCCGCCGCUCCCAGACCAGAAUCUUCUCAAGCUGUUUCGGUGCCGGACCUGAGCGAGCAGUUCACACCACCAGAGACGGCUCCCCCAGCCCUCGUCAGCCUGGUCCAAGCCAUAGAGAAGAGAGGUCUGGACUGUAAAUCAUUGUAUCAGACAGUUUGCUCCUCCGGUUCAGACAGUCCAGUGUACAGCUUGAGCUCUGAGAGUGACACGGGUCAGAGGGAUGUAGAUUACCUGUCUGAGAGUGUCCUGCACUACUUAAGAGACCUCCCAUCACCUGUCAUCCCUCCAUGCAUCUACCCUCACCUUCAAACUGCUGUGAUGCAGCAGCAGGUCCUCCAGCAGUCAGCAGAUGGAGCAGUAGCUGGUAGCCAUGACAGAGAGGUCAGCUCGGUCCUUGAGAGUUCCACCGCCUUCCCCCUUCACCACCGUCUCACCCUGCAGUACCUCCUCACACACCUGGCCAAGGUCACCCAGGCUCAGGCCAGCAACGGCCUCGACACACACACUUUGGGAAAGAUCUUUGGCCCGCUGCUGAUUCGGACAGGUCCUUCUGCCCCUUGGUUGUCAUCAGAUGAGGAGUUCCCUGUCUUGGUGGUGGAGAGGCUGCUGAUAGAGAGAACUACAGAGCACGACCUCACUCCUCCAGUUCUCCCAGCAAAGCCAGUCAAGUCAAAAAUGACACCAUCAGCCAUGACAGACACAAGCAGCCUGCUGAAUGAUGCCGAAUGGUACUGGGGAGAAAUUUCCAGAGAGGAGGUGAAUGAGAAACUGCGAGACACUCCAGACGGUACCUUUCUGGUGCGAGAUGCCUCGAGCAAACUGGAGGGCGAGUACACUCUCACCCUCAGGAAAGGGGGGAACAACAAGCUUAUCAAGAUUUAUCACCGAGAUGGGCGGUACGGUUUCUCAGAGCCUCUGACCUUCCUGUCUGUAGUGGAGCUCAUCAAUCACUACCGCCACGAGUCACUGGCUCAGUACAACGCCAAGCUGGACACCAAGCUCCUGUACCCGAUCUCCAAGUACCAACAGCUGGUGAAGGAGAACAGCAUAGAAGAGGUGGGAGAACAGCUGAAGGUCUAUCAUGAGCAGUACCAGGAGAAGAACCGCGAGUACGACUCUCUGUACGAGGAAUAUACACGCACCUCACAGGAGCUGCAGAUGAAGCGAACAGCCAUCGAGGCCUUCAAUGAAACCAUCAAGAUCUUUGAAGAGCAAUGUGAGACUCAGGAGCGAUACAGCAGAGAGUCUCUGGAGCGAUUCCAACGCGAGGGCAACGAAAAGGAAAUUCAAAAGAUCCAGAGCAACUCAGAGCGGUUGAAAUCUCGUGUGAAGGAGAUCCACGACAGCAAGCGGAAGCUGGAGCAGGACCUCAGGCAACAGGUCUCUGACAACAGAGAGAUUGACAAGAAGAUGAACAGCCUCAAGCCGGAUGUCAUGCAGCUUCGCAAGAUCAGAGACCAAUAUUUGAUAUGGUUGACACAGAAGGGAACAAGGCAGAAGAAGAUCAAUGAAUGGCUGGGCAUAAAGAACGAUGCAGAUGACUCCUACUCGCUGGAGGAGGAUGAGGGCUCACCCCACCACGAUGAGUGUACCUGGUAUGUGGGCGACAUCAAACGCACCGAUGCCGAGAAUAUGCUGAGAGGCAAAUGCGACGGAACCUUUCUCAUCCGUGAGAGCCAAUCACAGAAGGGCUCCUACGCCUGUUCUGUAGUUGUGGAGGGCGACGCCAAGCACUGCGUCAUCUACAAGACGGUCACAGGUUACGGAUUCGCUGAGCCCUACAAUCUGUACUCGUCCCUCAAAGACCUGGUGCUCCACUACAAAAAUGUCUCCUUGGUCCAACACAACGACCAGCUGAAUGUAAAUCUGGCCUACCCAGUCUUGGCCCGCUCUCAGAACCAGCACCAGCACCCCAGAUGAAUCCACCAGCAGUGUAGGACGCCAUCCAGGGUGGGAAAACUAAACUUUCACUCAUAUGCAUUAGGAAAAGAUAAUCCCCUGGACAAUGCUUGCUCGUGUGUUUAAAGUGGCAGAUAAAAUAGACUCAAGAAAUUCAUGUGUUUUUGGCUGGAGGCUGGUGCUGAUUUCCUACACUGACCCAGUUCCAACAAAGAGCACUCCUUGCUAACAGCAUGGCUUCAUAAUAAGCACACUACUACUGAUAACGAGGCACUGUACAGUUAGCCUGGUCGAUGCAGUGAGUUUAAACUUGAUGAGAGUUGCAUUAGCCAGCCAUGACUGUACAGUGUCAGUUAUGGAAACAAAAGUGUGAGAAAUACACAAGAAAAUACAUUUGAUACGGAGAAAAAAGAUGACUAAAUGUGUUAAAGGAGGACAAAAUAAGCACACAAAAAUAUUUUUUUCAAGAUUGUGGGGAAGAAGUGGCGAGACCAGAUGGUGGGAUGAUGGGAAAAUUUACAGGAGGCACUUUUGUUUUUUGCCUUGAACACAAGAUAAAUGUCCACAGACAAAGGCCCGAUCUGUCAUCCCCAGACUGCCUGCAAACUCUCCAUAGACAAAAGCCUGAGCUGUCAUCCGCUGAAAGGACUGGCUUGGCUGAACCAGGCUGCUCGCUUCACACCUAACGGCGGCUGAGAAACGGUGGCCCAGAGGGGGGUUUAGUCACUGGAGACCGAAGGGGAUGAGGGGGAAGGUUGAUGUUGUAGGGGUUUUUAAAAGAUUGAGUUUAAAGCUUGCAUAAGUGCCAUAGUAAUAGCUUUGAAUGACCACAAGCCUGUGUUGCUAGAAUAAAAGGGGCACGUUGAGGUUGAAAGAAGGAUGAGGAGGAGGGAUUGAAUGGCUGUCGACAUAGACAAAGCUACAGCUUUAAAAAAUAUAUACAUAUAGGUAUAUUUUUUAUGAAAUGAUCUUUAUUUCCAACUGCUUUGGCUUGUUGCUCUCUCUCAGUGGGUCUCCUUUUGAACUGACAAGGUACAACGUACAGCAAAUGCUGUAUAACAGGAUACAAAUGCAUGGUACAUAUUUGGUGAGUUGUGAAUAAUGCAUCACGUUUUAAUCACAAUACACCAGACUGAGAGGUACAUUGAUAAAUGCAGUUCCACAUGAUUCAGGUUUCCAUCUAAAUGGAACUUGUGGAACGAUUCCUGCAUCAGACGUCUCUUUGUUUCAAACUUCCUCCUUCUUUUUUCAUCCUCUUUAAUACUGUAGCACCUGUAGCCAUCGACUUAAGGCACUGUUAGUGCUCCUCCUAUGUGUCUUGUUUCUAUAUGCUAAAGACACUUGCAGAGCAUUAAUCUAUGUGAUUAUUGUAUCUUGGGUACUGUAUUUGCUUCAUCUCUGCUUAGAUUAGACUGUUUUCGUGGUACAGUGUCCUUGCAGAUGUUUAUUGUUAUUAUUUUUUAUGCGGAUUUAUUCACGGUACUUCUUCUCCCUUGCGCUUGACUGUUCAUUUCAUCACAAGCUUGACUCACAGAGCUUUAGAACAUUGAUGUACAAAAAAAAAAAGAAAGCAGUAAUAUAACUCAUGUACAGUAUAUUUCAGACUCACAUGCAGUCAGUGUAUGUGACUUUAUACAGUUUCAUCGCUGUUUCUUUAUGUUGUCUGAAUAUUUGCUAUGCUUUUAGAUUCUGUUUAAGGAUGCAAAGUAUCCGCUUAAUGUGAGCCAAAUGAAGGAUGUGUUUUCAUGUAGCAAGGAAGAAAAAAAAAGGAUCAGUCUUUUUGCCAUUUAGCAUGGCCUCUGUGGUCUGAGAGAUCAUCCAGUACAGUAUGCAUGGAGUCCUUCAUUUGGGUUGUUGUUUAUCUUUUUUUUUUUUAAAUCUUUUUUUUUUACUUGGACUAGUGGUUGAAAAUUGUGCUUUCUGUAGUGCAUAUACAGUAUGGUGUGUGGUCUUACUAUGCACAACAGUCGUGUGUGUGUGUGUGUAAAAAGUUUGAGAUUUAGACAGACUUUUAAGAUCAGUUCCCUCAAUCUGUUCUGUGCUGUGGCAGUGAAUUCUCCUUUUUUUCCACAUUCAUUUGGAUUGAGGUAAAGAUUGUACCACCUCUAUUCAAUGUCACUUUCAAAGCACAGGAGGCACUUGUGUAGAUGCAGGGUUAUUCAGUUAUUGUGCAGUCAAUGAAAAUGUUGCGAUAAAAAAAGUCCUCAUUUGAUGCUGCUUUUAAACUUGAUUUACGUAGUUGAUUUCUUGAGAUGAAAAAAAAUAUAAUCUUUCAAAUUUCUUACAUAUAUCAGACUGAGAAUGCCAAAAACAACUUUUUUUGUAGGAGAAUAAAGAACAGCCAGAAGUCAGUGAACAUAGAACGUUUAAGAAAUAAGUGUACUGUCUUUAAAGGUUGUGCAUUUGGUAUUUUGGAUUUGCUUUAUUUGUUGUCCCUUGUUGUCAAGGGAUAGAAGUUGAAGUUUUCUUCCAAAAUGAGACGUUCAUCUACGUCUCUGGUCAUAAAAAUCAGCUAUUGUCAUUAUUAUUUGUAAAUAUCAAAUUCAAUCUAAUUACCCAAGCUUCCAACAGGCACAGUGCUGUUUUUAUUAGCGUCAUUUCUCUUCCAGAAAUGUUGAGGCACAAAUUUCAGGUAGCGACAUUUUUCCAGACAGACCAAUCCCAUCGUCUAAUGAGCCCCGACUUAAACGGUUUAAAUUAAGACAUCAUGUUGAUUUUUCAUAAGGACGAAUCAAUUGUACUGUACUUUGCACAGUUCUUGGCAAGAAUUCAAUCCCAAGAAUUAAAUUAGAGGUGACAGCGGUGCUUCUGAUUAGAGGGCUAUAAAAACACGUGAGUGAGAAAGAUUAGAAGUGCCUUGAGUCAUUGUGAUGAGCUUGUUGUCUGCUCAUUGUCAUUGGAGCACUGCUCCAUGAGAUGGUGCCACCACCACCACCACAUGUUGUGCCCCGUACUUCACACGUUUGCCAUUUAACACACACUAAAGGGUAUCUGGCAAAUGAGCAUAUUUGUUGUGUGUGUGACUGUGUGUGCGUGUGUGUGUGUGUGUGAUUGUGUGUGUGUGUGUGUUAGAGCAAAUCUGAGCAUGUCAUAGAUAAGAGUGGCAGAUUUUAGCUGUGCCUCUUUGUUGUUACAUUUAUAGUUGUUACAUAUUCCUUCUUUCUAUGGUGGGGGCUGUACAGUAGCUUGGUGCUCUCUCUCUCUCACUGUGCACCCAAGCUAGCUUUCUUUGGUGUUUUUAUUUUUUGUUUAUUUGUUUGCUUGUCUGGUGUAUUUUUUGAAUAGAACUCAGAUAAGAUAGAAAUGUGAACAGUACACAUCCGUGGCCCAGACCAGUUGUUUGAAGCUCAGUUGAUAAAAGCUCUCAAGUUAAUGCAUGCAGCAUUUCUCAGUGUUUUGUAUUAAGUUAGUUCCUUCGUGAACAUCUGGUUGAGUCAUCCACCACUGCUGACGCAUCCAUUAUCCAGUUUGUCGGACCAACACUUUUCGACUGCACUUUUUUCCCCUGUUCCGCACACUCGAGCUAGUGUGUCGCCCAACAACCAUAAACUAACAGACAGUGGUGACACUCAGUGUUUUUAGUUGAUAGUUUCUCAUAGGGUAUAUCAGGAGUGGUUGACGGCUUCUUUAUGAUAUCGGAGUAUACAGUGUACAGUAUAUGCUUUUGUUGUUUUGCAGUCAACAACUGUCUUGUAAAUCUGAUGCUUUUGACUGAAUGCAAUGUUUUCAUUAUAGAGUUGAUUUUACUAUGUGGGCUGUAGAAAAUCUGUAGUGCUUUUUCAAACCAACUUUAAAGAGAGCUGCUGGCUCAUUAUGCAAUUUGUGUCCGCACAGCAAAACUGUCCAACUUAGCAUGAGGAGUUCUCCUGAAAGAUCUGAUUACUGAAGGACACUUUUUCAUUUGUUUCCAUGGGUAUUCAAACAUGCAGAUUUUCUCUAAAAAAAGUGUUCACAGUGAGGUUUUGUAUCAGCCAGAGUUACCAGGAAACGCACUGAGUACUAUUGAGCAGCACAAACCAAAUUCCAUUGUACUCGGAUGGUGACACAAAUCAGAUACCUCAAAACCUCAGAGCAUGUAAGUGAAACUACAUGCAUGGCUAGAUGCCACAUGGAUUAAAUGAAACCCGUUGGGGAUUUUUAAGGGGAAUUUGUGCAGACAGUACAAAAGCACACUGAUGGGGCGAAAUAGUUUCAGUUCAUUAAGUAAACUUGUCUGUUGGGGUCAUGAACCAGGUGGUUCUGCUUCCAUUUAAGCAAUUUGCUCAACUUUGCACUUGCUUAAAAAAAAAAGCCACAAGUGUGUAACUGUGCUAUCUUCCCACGUCACUUGUUAAGAUGAACAUUUUUGCAGUGCAGACUUUCAUCUGCCAUAUAUGCCGUGUUAUUCACAGAUAUUUAAUAGCUAGAGGCAACGCCAGUAGCAAUGAAACCUGGUCGCUCAGUAGGACGGGCAUGAAAAGGGCAGACGAUGAAGACUUUAUUGCGCUUUGACUUGGAGUUGAAACUCUGAAACUCAAAGCUUUCAUCCUGCUCAUGUAUUAGAUAUGCAUCUUGGAGCUUCUUGAAAAAACAUUUUUUCUAUACGACAAAUGAUCAUUCAAGGAAUUAAAUAUUUUUUCAUCAUUCUUUGGUACACUGUAAAUGAUAUUUCUUGAAACGGCCUAAUACAUAAAGCACAUCUUUCACUGACUACAAAGAACCGCAUAUAUUUGGUGUCUAUUAAGGUUUGAAGAAUGAGAGACAUACUAGAGAAUAAAUAUUUUCAAAUAUAUACUUAGAUAUCUAUAUUUUUGGAUGAUUUAACUCUGAUUUGGAUUGUGCUUGAAACAAAUCAGAAGGAGGCUUUGAUGUGAACAUGAUCUUUGGACUUGGUUCACAGCUGCUUUGUACUCGAGCAGUUAUUUGAAACGCAAGCAUUUUUACUAAUCCGCUGCAGUGAGCUUCAUCAUGAUCACCAACAAACUUUGUGGCUACAGUUGAUUGACGUACAUGUAAUGUAUUUAGCAUAAUUAUCAGGUGCAUUCAGAGGAUGAAGCAAGCUCGUGUACAUGUGUUAAUAUUUACAGAGCUGAGUCUAUAUGUUAAAUGCAGUCUUGGCUGCUUUGCAUUUAUUAAAUAUUAGAGUUUUUUUUUUUUUUUUUAUUAAACGUGAGAAUCUGUUGUGUCAUUUGGAAGAUUCUGGUUUUUGUGAGUAGAGGCAGUGUUAAAGUUGCACCACAAAAGAUACACUUGAUGCUGCCGCAGAGGUCCGCCACGGUGUUGGACGCUGACGCUGUAACAAAGCUGUCGUGUCUUACUUUGGUCCAUCUCUGUGGUCGCUGCAGGGUUUAUUUUCGCCUGGAUUUACACUCACAGGUGGGAGACAAAACGACCAAGUAAAAGUAAAACCUGUCAGAGAAAAAGCUACACAAUUGAGCUGUUAAUGAUCACUCCUCAACGCAGAUCUUUGUACAUGGAACAAUGAUGGCAUUACAAAGUGAUCUUUUAUGGUGCCUGAGUAUAUUUUUUUUUAUUUGGCUUUUUUAAAAAGCUGAUAAAUUUGUCCAAGUGUUUUUUUUGUUUGUUUGUUUAUAUCUGUUAAUGAUAACCUUUCAGAGCCUAUAAAGAAAAAAAUAAGCUAGCUUGAAUUUUUUUUUCCUCCAUACAGAAAAAAAAAACAAAUACAAAUGUUUACAAUAUGUAAUUAACCAAAUAGUAAAUAUGCGUUUGAGAAUCAAUCUGCCUGUCCCUCAAAGCGGCUGUGAUAGAUUGAUUUAUAUUUCUUUAUUUCCUCUGUCAUUUAAACUUGAAAAUGUUAUGACUGCUUGUUCUGUUUUCUCCUGUUUCAGUUCGUUCCUCUCUCUUUUAUUUUGUUUUGAUUUUUACUUGUGAGAACAGUGCUCCCUCACUUUCAAAAUAAUAACUCAACGAGACAGUUCAACAGGAUUCAUUUGUCCAUAACACAAAUACUCAUCGGUCUGUGUCAUUCUUUACCUGCUGACUACUUCACCUCACACUGAGCCUUGUUUGUGCUGAAUCCUAACUUGAGACCCUGUUGAAUCUUUUGCUGUUUAUUUAAUGCACAGUUUGGUGCAUCUCCGGUAAAAACUCAAAGAAUUUAUAUGGGUAAAUGUUGUGAAUAACAGUAAAAACACACCACUUGGUGAACAUACUUGAGUACAGUUUUAGUACAUAAACAGACGUGGAAAUUCAGGCAUCCUACUCUUGUUGUUGCACUACACGGCAAAAGAUGCUUCAAACGGAAAGCUGAAUCAGUUGCUCUAUUGGUUGGUUAACUCACUUCCAAGACCAAAAUUUAGCCAAUACAGUCUCAGCUUCUGCGCCGCUUCCAUGUAAAAUAUGCUGACGUUAACAACUGCGCUUUCGUUUCCCAUUUUCUGUCGUGGAAAGUUGCCAUCUGUUUGAUUAAUCUCAUGUGAAUGUUGUAGUGUUGUUCACUGGUGUACAGUAGUUCAUGUUCCAGACUCCACUCUGCAGGUUGCCGGUGGUUCACUUUGCAACGGCAUGGGCAACGUUACAGAGCAGCGGCAAUUAAAAUCUACACAUUUUACACUAAUCACAGCAACACCCAGAGCUCUACAGUGUUGCCCAACAAGUUGCCUCGUGCGUCACCGGCUUCAGCAGCAGCAGCAACAGAUGUUAUGGCUAAUAAUUGUACUUAAUAAUGAUGUGGUCUUCUCUUUCUUUCAAAAAUGGUGAAUGGAAAUGAAUGGGGCAGUCAGAUAAAGCUACUCUACACCAAAGUGCAAUUGAACGCAGAGGGAGCACUGUUGUUUCAGCCAGUGGAGGCCUGCUGGCUGUGGUGUGUCCAGCCCUGAUACACAAAAAGAUGGUUCUUCUUCUUCUUCUCUUGUGUUAUCCUCCCUCCGUUGGUCUGUCUUAACUCAGAUGCGACAUUUCUUUCUUUCUCUCUCGUGUACAGCUUGCUUCAGAGUUGUUUGUCCUCAGACAGGUACUCUUUGAUCUGUACGGUUCUUUCUUUAGGCUGAUGCAAUGAUUUUAAAAGACAAUAAAAGAUAGUAAAAUAAAAUAGUAAAAUGAAA